AAUAAUAUUGGUUUCUCUUCUGGGUGCAAGCAGAUUUAUCUGGCUCCUCGGUCAACAAAAUCAUCAUCCCAAGAAACAUGGAAACGAAGGCAUUUUAAAAAGAGAUGUCAACUUUUGUGAAAAUAAAGCCUUAUAUAUUCACAUUUGCACCAAUCUCCUCUGAGUUUCGUGAAGAAAACCAAACUGAAGACAGCAUUCUAUGAAAACUGAUGGAUAAUGUGGCGAAUCCUCCUGGGUUCUUCAUCAGCAUGCUGUGAGAAUAAGCACAUGGGCUUCUGCACAUUAAAAUCGACUGAUCACUUCAGUAACUGCCAGGACCCUGGAUCCUGACUUCCAGCCAUCGAUACCUGUGUGAAACUUGAUCUCCAGUCAUCCUUUAAGACCAUUGAUGAAUCAAUCAGAACUUCUGAAAGCAAAGGAAAACUGAAGAAAUCUUAGUAAAAGAGAGCCAGGUGUUGAAAACAGACUACCAAGAGACAAGACUUAUUUUGCUACUUACCAUCUAAGAACGGAUAUAAUCAGCACCUGAAAAAGAAAAAAUGAACAGCACAUGUAUUGAAGAACAGCAUGACUUGGAUCACUAUUUAUUUCCAGCUGUUUACAUCUUUGUGAUAAUAGUCAGCAUUCCAGCCAACAUCGGUUCUCUAUGUGUGUCUUUUCUGCAAGCAAAAAAGGAAAAUGAAUUAGGCAUUUACCUCUUCAGUUUAUCCUUGUCGGAUCUGCUGUAUGCCUUAACUCUCCCUCUAUGGAUUGAUUAUACUUGGAAUAAAGACAACUGGACAUUCUCUCCUGCCCUGUGCAAAGGGAGUGCCUUCUUCAUGUACAUGAACUUUUACAGUAGCACAGCUUUCCUCACCUGCAUCGCGAUUGAUCGGUAUUUAGCAGUUGUCUACCCUUUGAAGUUUUCUUUUCUAAGGUCAAGAAGAUGUGCGUUCAUGGUGAGCCUUUUCAUCUGGAUAUUGGAAACCAUCUUCAAUGCUGUCAUUUUGUGGGAAGAUGAAACAGCUGUUGAAUAUUGUGAUGCCACAAAGUCUAACUUUACUUUAUGCUAUGACAAAUAUCCUUUGGAGAAAUGGCAAAUCAGGUUUAACUUUGCUAGGACAUGUGUAGGCUAUAUGAUACCUUUGGUCAUCAUAAUGGCUUGCAACCAGAAAGUCUACAAAGCUGUGCAGCAAAAUCAAGCUACAGAAGACAGUGAAAAGAAGAGAAUCAUAAAACUACUUGUUACUAUCACGUUGACUUUUAUCUUGUGUUUUACUCCCUUUCAUGUGAUGUUGCUGAUUCGCAGCGUUUUAGAGCAUGACGUGAACUUAGAUGAACGUAUGUUUGACCAUAACAAGCCUGGGAAGCAGAGUUAUAAAAUCUAUAGAAUCACAGUUGCAUUAACAAGUUUAAAUUGUGUUGCUGAUCCAAUUCUGUACUGUUUUGUAACUGAAACAGGAAGAUCGGAUAUGUGGAAUGUAUUCAGAGUCUUUACUAAGAAGCUUAAUAAAUCAAAAAGACAAGGAAAAAGCAUACUUUCUAUGUCUACAAAAGAUACUGUGGAAUUAGACAUCCUGGAAUAGAACCAAGGUCUAUUUUUUUAAAGAUAUGCAAUAUUAUACCAUCAAGAUUAUAUUUUCAAAAGGAAAUCUCAGCAUGAGAGGGGACAAAAGGUUCCCACUGAGGGACUAUUUUAAUCCUCUCCGAUGGAAAUAUUUUAA